GUCUACCAAUUAUUUUGAAUGAUCGUGUCGUUUAUCGAAAGCUCAAAAAAGUAUAAAUAUAGAUAUACAAAUUUUAAAAAUUUGCAGAAAUAAGGAGUUUGGAUUACAAAAUCGUGAGAAAAUCGAUCAGUUCAACAAAUUUUACUCGGAACUCGAGAAAACCUAUAUCCCGUACCUUAAAUUUUGAGGUUAUGCCCGAUCGCGAUUCGCAAAUACACAUAUAGGUCUUGACUACGUGUUAGGUACAUCGUAUCCCAAGUUUCGCGCUUCCCCGCAAAGAUGGAGUCGAUUUAUUGUGCCGCGUAGAGGAGCCUUCUCCCCGUGUCUCCUUCGGUUACGGAAGCAAAAAAAAAUAUAUUUCUGACUGUUGCUCGUUGAGCAGCUCUCGCUCGUUCUUUGAUUGCCGAGGAAACAAACACACAGACAAAAAAACACAAGUACAGCCAGUAUAACGGAGUGACGCCUCGUUCGCGAUAGGCAUACUACCGCGAAGACGAGUAACGACUACGAUGUCCGGAUGCCGCCUUUGGUACUAGACAAUCGCGUAAACAUAACCCCAGCGUCGUCAUUGUCGUCCAGGCAGCGCCAAAGGAAAUCAAUAGCCAUGUCGUGGAGGCACUGCCACAGGAACUCCAACUCCAAGGACGACGAUUAUCAUGUGAUUCGAAAUGCCAAGUAUAGUAGUUCAAAGGGUGGUUACUCAUCUUCAAACACAUCGGAUAGCAGGUAUGAGGGGCGAAUGCGUGAUUCCCCAAAUGGAAACUCAUACAGCCCUGCUGGGGGAUUGGGUAUGGGAUUGGGGGCAGACCGUGAUAGUCCACGUAGCUACUCUACCAAGCCGCUGUAUAAGAAGGAGAGAGAAAAUAGAGACUACAAGUUGUCCUCCUCUAGGGAUAAGUAUACCGAUUGUGCACGAUCUCCAAAAGAGAAGAGAAAUCGAGAGUCUAGGGACUCUGAGCACAGGACCAACCAUGAUAGGAGCAGCGGCGAAAUUCUACAUCCAAUAAAAUUAUCCUCAAAUUCGUCGAGAGAUUCCUCUUCUCAGAGAAAACCAACACACAAUUCAUGUCAGGAUAAGCGUGGAGACGAGCGAGGUGUGAUGGAACGAACUGCGAGGUUCGGCGAUUGGUCAGAACACAUGAGCUCCUCGGGAAAAAAGUAUUACUACAAUUGCAAAACCGAAGUUUCCCAGUGGGAAAAGCCACGAGAGUGGGUUGUUCGAACCGAGAGUCGUCAACGUCAAUCUAAUGAUUAUUCAUCUUCUAGGUCAAGUCACGAUAAACAUUCCAACUCGCGGUCAAACAGCGGCAGCAGUAGCAGUACAAGAGACGGCAAGUCGUCGUCGUCGUCGCGUGGCCAGUCGGACAAGCGUAGCAGCGAUUAUUAUAGGGACGAUGUUAUGUCGUCUCGAGAUCGAGAUCGAGGCGACAAGGAGAGCAGCGGUAGUAGCAGUCGAGAGCAACGUGAGCGUGAUCGGGAACGAGAUCGUGAAUCAUCAAGGGAGGAUCAUCAAGCGCUAGCGCAGUCGCACGAUCGGCAAACACAGGAUAUGGAUAUAUCGCCCGGUGACUCGACACCUACUUCUGAAAGUAUCACUUCUUCGGCGCACGAUCAUAUGCCUCAAGGUCCCGUACUCCUAGCUACAGCGUUACCUCGACUAACAUCACACCCAACAAACGUUUCACAAGUAUCGGGCAAACUGGGCUCGCCAACGCAACACGUCGGAAGCAAUGCGCCGGGUCCACCUGGUGUCUCGUUGUCUAGCUUACCUCGACUUCUCUCCCAAAUAACUGGCAGUAAAGAGCAACCUGACGCCCAGAAAGCCUUGCAGACUAUCCAAACGGCCAUUCUUUUAUCCCGACAAUCAAGUGGAGACCGAUCGAGCGAUGUAAUGGCUCCGCUCAAGGUGGACACUAGCGGCGCUGUGAUAUCCGGCGAGGGGCCACCAACGCCAACGCACUCGGAGACUCAGGACUGUAUCGACGCGCGGAAGAUGAACAGUCCGCAAGGAGCAGGUAGCGGAGUACAAGGUAUCAGCUCGUUGCAAGGGAUCAGUUCGCUGGGCAAUCUAGCUAGUCUAGGUAAUGGUGGCGGACUGCAAGCACUCUCACGAGUGCAGCCGCCUAUCACACCUUCGCUCACGCCCUCGCUGGCCAAUCACUAUCGCGAGGAUCUCACACAACACGUGCGCGCCUUCCCCGCGGAUAUCCUUGAGAAACAGGCGCAGAAACUAAGUGAGGAAGCGCAUACUAUGGGCAGUUUGCAGUGUACAAGAGUUUCUGCUGAACUAAAAAGUGCGCGAUCGAUAGUGAGGCUGACAGAAAUUCAAGCGACACUUCAGGAACAAAGGAUAUUGUUUCUACGUCAACAAAUUCAGACUCUAGAGGAACUCAAGUCCCAAAAUUCCUUCAUGUCUGACGAUUCUUAGUGUAAGAGACUUUAUAAAAAUAAUGAUAAUGAUAAUAAUAAUUACGAGCUAUAAUUAAUUCAUGCAAACAGAAAAAAAAUAAAACAUUACUUAUUAAUCUUCUCAUUAAUAUUGAAUAAUUAAAAUUGUACCUAAAUUAUACUAUCAUCAGAAAUAGAAGUGAUAUACAUAGCGUACGAUUGGCAGGACUAUAAAUCCGGAGAGGCGGCCAAGCGAGUUUUAUUAAUGAUAAUUAGUGAACGUACCUCCUGGAAACGACACGAGGCCUAUUUCAAUCGGGAAACAAACUCUCGUGGUCAACUGCAAAGAAACCAGGACGUAAUGAAAGGAACAAACACAGUAAACGUAUGCACACAUACUUGCACUAAGUGACUAGAAAGAAUGACAAAAGAAAAAACAAAGAAUAUUAGUUUGAAAAACAGUGAAUUUAACUUCAUUGGUUUAAUUCGACUUGUAUUUCAACGAUGAAUUGUAUAUUUGAACUGUUCACAAUUGUCUUGUAUUACCUAUGUUGUACGUGUCAAUGUUUCAUAUCUUCAUGCGACAAAGCGGCAUUUUUAAAUAGCUCGAAAACGGUUUUGUUGUAAGUCUCGGAAUAAAACUCAUGCCACAAGUUUUAAAAAAAAACAGACAAAGUUCGGUCCUUUUACUUGAUCAUCUGCUUCUUCCAGUCAUCUUCCUUAGAUAUUACUCAUGUACAGUGAUAUUAUCUUUGUAUCAAGUUUAAAUAGGAAAACAGCUUUUUGUUACACAAAUAUGUAUAAAUGUGUUUAUGCAAUUAAUUAGAUGUUUUUUCAUAAGUACAAUACAGAGAUGUAGCACCAAGGACCGAUUCUGAACUUUCAAAAUUCUUACUUUUGCAUUGCACUUUUAUAAACAUUAGUGAUUUUGUAAAAGUAAUUUAUAAUAUACAGUUUUGUAAAUAAGAAUCUAUGUAAUUAUUUAUUCCAUGAUUAAUUUUA